AUUUAUUGAUGUAUUGUAGAUAAAUUUCUUACGUCACUUACAGAAUCGUUAUAUUAUCCACGUUAAAAAUAGACAGCCGUAAUUAUAUGCGUCUAACCGCAUAGACACACUUUGUCCCCUUAAGGCAAAGCACUUAUGUCAUUAUAAUACCGAUACAUGAUUUUAAUAAACCAAAAUCAUGCAGUUUUGUAAUUUUUAAGAACAUUUUCCUAAUGUUAUUCUAGCGCUUCACAUAAUCUCUAGUCAGUUCUUUAAACUUUUAAUUUUUGAUGCAAUUUCGCGUGAGCUUUUAUAUGAUAAAAACAUUACACGGACAAUAAAAACAAGCCAGUUGUCGAAUCAUUGACUGGCUGUAUUACGUUAAUGAUGAUUAGUGACCAUUAUUUACAUAUGUUUUAGCUCAUUAAUAUAUCGUCCAAUCACUAAUUUACUGUCUAUACACGAUCACUUUUAGGGAAGUAUUCUAUCUUUAGAAUAGUAUAUAUUUAUCUAGGUGUAUGUCAGCGAAUUAUUUAUAGUAACGUGAAAGGAAAUAUAUUUGUCUUAAAACGCCGACAAACGUCAAAGCAGCAUUAAUUGGUAAAGCUUAAAAAAGUUUCAGGACGCUGUUAAGUUAAUAGACUUGUAUUGUAAUGGCCGUGUCGUAACUAACCGGAGUAGUGUAUCAGUGAAAGUGAGUAAAGGAUCGUCAACACUUUGAAACGGAAACUGAAGGCGAAAAAGUUAAACGAAUUCCUUUUGGGUGUUGCCAGUUUGAAGACUGUUAAAGCCCGAUAUUAAUAAACCACAGAAAACUUCGUUGUAGAAAAAAUAAGACUACAUAUAGUUUCCAACAAUUUGAUAAUUGGACGAUAGAAAUAGAUGAACAAUAAUGAAUUUACUUAAUAUUCUGGUUGUUAUGAUUGCUAUCGUGCUAUACUUCGAGCCAAUAGAAACUGCAAAUAGAAGACGAAAGAAGAAUAAGAAAAAUAACUUGAAGAACAAACCAAUUCAUACCGACCCGACGGACUUAAAUAAUUUGUUGCCUAAAUGUCGAGGCGGAGACAAUGAAGGAAUGCCGUCAUUAUUCAGCGGGAUGUUUCUGUCACCGAAAGAAAUUGACAUUCUAGUUGAAGAUACUAAAGAAGAAAUGAAACCGUCUGUUGCAAGAAGGUCGAGAACGAGAUUCGUGCAGAAAAACAGACUUUCUAAAAGAAUUGGGACUUUUUCAACAUCAUCCAGUCCGAAAGAUCAGACAUGCUGUGAAACUGAACUUAAAGUUACGGCCCCGGGACAGGUGAUGGUGGAUGGUAAAUCAAUGUCUGUGGUACAUAUGAACCAUUCCUACCAGUAUGUACAGGAGGGGGAAUGUGUCAACCCUGGCAGAUCGUGUCGAGGAAUCGGAAUUUGUACCCAGUCGUAUAAGUAUUCAUUCAUGCUUCUGUACGACCCUGAUUUGGUGGGAAAAGUUAGCCCGCCGGUACGAUAUGGACGGGUUCCAAUCAAGUCACACUGUGAAUGUAUGAAUAUAGGAAGAGUUGUUAAAUAAUAUCAGGAAUACUUGCAAAUUGGCAUUAAAAUAAAAUAGAUUAUCUUGUUUUACUGCGGGAGUCGUUCCAAAUCAGAGAUGAGUGCAUUUUAAAUGCCAACAAACUAAGUAUUUGGUGCUUCAGUAAACAGAUAUUUGUAUGAUAUAAGCGUAUGGACAAGUACGAUUUUUUAUUCAUAAUUUCAAAUGCGAGAAGCUAAUGUUAUUC